ACACACUGAAUGAGCGUUGGCAUUUCGCUCCUGGGUAACGCAUCUCUCCCGGCGAAAAUGGGCAACUCCGGAUGCUGAUCAAGAGAGCCAAGGAGAUCCUGCCAGAGGGGAAUCUCCCGAGCUGGUGGGCGGGAGGCGGAGAGGCAGGAGAGCGUCGGACCACUAGAGGCAGGCAACAGAUAGUUUUCCUCGACGGGGAGGGGCAUGGAAACCCCCCAGGAUCCCUUCAGCCCAGACUGCUCUCGGAAGCGAAAGGCGUCUCUCCUGCCAGGCGCGCUUGGAGCGAGACUGCGAGAGGAAAGGGAGUCCCGGCCAGAAGGCGAAGAGCGGCAGCGCCGGGUGGGCAGCGCGGGAGAGUCAGCAGCAGCUCCAAGAGGCCAGCGCGCCGACGCCGCAGUCGCGGCUGCCGUCUAGGGCGCAGGCUGCACUCUCGGGCGCUUGGGUGGCGCUUGGCAUGGACUGGGAGCGCCGCGCUGGACUCGGCUGGCCGCGGAGGGCUCCGGAGAGACGCCGCGCUUGGGCUGAGGUUCUCACCUCCCUGUUGCCUCUUUCCAUGGGAUUAAAACUAAGGUGGUGAAGCAGCCGCCGGCCGAGUGGAUCGGACCUCUCACCUGCCUCCACACCACCAUCACCGCCCAAAAAAGCCCGUCUUCUCUUUGGACCGAGCCAUGUGGGACCUCGCUCUGGAGGUGGGGAUACGGGUCCUGCUCUUCGGCGUCUUCAUUUUUACAGAAUUUUUGGAUCCAUUCCAGAGAGUUAUUCAGCCAGAAGAGAUCUGGCUCUAUAAAAACCCUUUGGUUGAAUCUGACAACAUACCUACACGCCUCAUGUUUGCUAUUUCAUUCCUGACACCUCUGGCUGUCAUUUUUGUGGUGAAAAUCAUUCGACGGACAGACAAGACUGAAAUUAAGGAAGCUUUUUUAGCUGUUUCCUUGGCUCUUGCUUUGAAUGGAGUCUGCACAAACACUAUUAAAUUAAUUGUGGGGAGACCUCGUCCCGAUUUCUUUUACCGCUGCUUUCCAGAUGGAGACAUGAAGUCUAACAUGGACUGCACAGGCGAUCCAGAUGUGGUCUCCGAAGGCAGGAAAAGCUUUCCAAGUAUCCAUUCUUCCUUUGCAUUUUCAGGCCUUGGCUUCACCACCUUCUACUUGGCUGGGAAGUUGCAUUGCUUUACCGAGAAAGGCCGUGGGAAAAGCUGGCGGCUCUGUGCAGCGAUUCUACCUCUGUAUUGCGCCAUGAUGAUCGCUCUGUCACGCAUGUGCGAUUACAAGCAUCAUUGGCAAGAUGCCUUUGUCGGAGGGGUCAUCGGCCUCAUGUUUGCUUACAUUUGCUACAGACAACACUACCCUCCGUUGGGUAACCUGUCUUGUCACAAGCCUUACGUCAGUCUGCUUGCUCAGACUGUGCUGAAGAAAGAAGAGGCGCCCACAGUGGAUAAUGCAACCAGCCUGCCUCUGGAAGGAAUAACAGAAGGUCCGGUAUGACUAAUACACAUGCAGGAUGAACUUCUAGCCCUUUCAUACAUUCCGCCAAUCCAAACUGGUCUCUCUGCAUAACAAAUGUCUCUUAAACAGCUGUGAUUCUGCCAUACCCCUCCCUUACUUUUCCAUAUCCUUUUCUUUCCCCUCACACACCUCUGUCCUGUGUUUCCCACACCCUCUGUUCCAUGCAAAAGCAAUGAUUGUUUAAGGGGACAAAUACAGAACUAAGAUCCGUGAGACGCCGCUCAUGAUUACUAAUCUCUAUUUACAUGGCACUUCCAGCGUGCAGAGUGCUAGCUUAUUCAUACUUACCAACAGCCGUCUGAGGCAGGUCAUUAUUAUUCCCAUUUUAUAGAUGGGUGGCAGAGGCUGGAAGAGAAUGUGUUGCUCAAGGCCACCCAGUGAACCUGUGGCUGAGCUAGAACACGGAUCAGGACCAACUCUUACUCGGAUGGACCAUAUCGACUGCAAAGGGAUUAAAUAUCUUCUGCUAAGAAGUUAAAGGCAUUCUGAACCGUGAUUGACACCACACCUUCUUUUCCGAAGGCAUUCAACAUGUAUCAAAAAGGUUUAUUUCUUUUAUGUCUCAUAACUCUGUAUGCGGUUACAAGAGCAUUCUGGGUGUCUCCCAGUUGUCUAACACGUAGCAGUGCAAAUAUCUUUGUGCUGCCCAUCAAGUCUGGCAGCGUUCUUCUGUGCUGACUAUAAUGAAAUGAUGGUUUUAAAUAUACAAAAGAGCAAGAGCUGGAGGAGGCCAAGAUUGCAGGCAUCAGUCAUUCCUUAGCAAGAUGUCCACAGCACAGUUAUGCAAAGACCUUGGAACUCUCAGCUGGCAAUAACGUAUAUUGAUAGGAUCACUUGGACACUCUUAAUAUUAACACAUUAGUGGAACAUUUUUUCCCCUUUCCCUUGAGAGCAUAAUUUACAUUCAAGCUGAAUAACUCAUUGCCAAACAGCAAGUUGUAAUCCUUUUUUUAAAGAAACAAAACAAAAAAACCUAACAUCGAAAAUAUCCUGAAUUGUGAAGGUGAAAAAACCACAUUUUUGUGAAUAUGUGAGCUAGAGUCACAUUAGUCUAAUGGGUUUUUCUUCUUUUGUUUAUUUUCUGGGGAUUUUAAUAGUUUGCCAUUCAUGGCAAUCUGUUUUUGGGAAGAUUGACUCUCCCUGCCCCCACCAACGCUAUAUUAACUUGUGUUAUCUUCUGCAUCUGCAAUUCUGAAUCUAGCACUUUCCCAAGCACCUUGUUUGCAUAGCUGUCAACGUUUCCCUUUUUUAAAGGGAAAUUCCCUUAUUCUGAAUAGGAUUCCUUGCAAGAAAACGGAAAAGUUGACAGCUAUGCUUGUUUGGGAGCCUGCUGUUAUAUUACUACAAGUGCAUGCAUGGGAAGGUGUGUGUGUGGCAGCACUCAGUGGCAUAUAUGUGAACAAUCGUAGACCUCAUUUCAGAAGUCUGUGGCAAAAAGCGGGGACUCCCAGCCGAGCAUGCUGCUUUGGUGAACUCCAUAGGGACCCUUCACUCGUGUGCAGCCUUUCGCUUAUGCAAGGUUGUUGGCAGUGUUCAAAGUAUGAACUAGCCCACUGUAUUUUGAUAAGUACCUCAGGCUGUACCUCAGAUUCGUGAACCUGCUGUGAUAUUUCACAGGUGUGCACAAGACUGCAUCUACUGACAAAAUGGUUUAUAUCCUGUUCAUUAUUCCAACAGUCCCUCUUCAGAUUUCAGAUAUCUCAGCAAAAACUCACAAAGUCAUUGGCCACUAUUUGGUGUGGUGAAUAACAAGGGUGACUCAAGUGAGAUUUUUCUUUCUUCGGUCCCUCAUUGCACACUGCGCACCCAGUGUUGGAAGCAAUGCUCACAGCCUCAGGACAUGAAUACAACCACGUGGUCCAGGUUGCUGCCUUGUGCAUCUUUUCCCCAGUCUAGUUAGGGAUGCAUUGGUGAAGGUCUCUGCCACCCUUAUAGGAGCGGAGCAAUUAUGUAGCAUACCCACAUUCAUUAAUCUUUCCCUCCUUUAUUUCUUCUUCUUCCAUUAAUUCUUUGUGCAAGUGUCAUACUGCAGUGAAAUCAUGUCCCUUUUGAUGGCAGAAAGAAAAACAUGCCGCUGAAAUCUUUAUAAAAGCCUAUUAGGGAAGAAGAUGUUUUAUGUAAUAAUCUGACAAUGGGAUUUUUGGGUUUGAUCAGCUAGCUGGACUAACGGAGGCUGCUUUGAUCAAUGCUACCCAUUAUGGUGCUUUCAACUGGAAGGGAUUGCUACCAUAGCUAUACUUACACCUAAUGUGUGCCUGAUGGACUAUGCAUUGGCCUAGUCUGUAAUUUAACAAGUUCACAUCUCCCUACAAAAACUGAGCAUUUUCUUUGCCAAUUUUUUUCCUUUUUUGCGGGGGGGGGGGGUCGGGGUUACCUGAAGGAAGUGAUUGUUGGUUGACAACUAUGUUUUUUUGGGUCAGAGGUGAGAACAGAUGAACCCCCCUUUUUAAAAUAGAUCCAUUGCACACAGUAAAAUAAAAAUAAGCCCGAAAUGAGGAUUGUGUAUACUGAAAAUAUACAAUAAAUUUGAAUCACAUUCUUUUAAAAGCCCUGUAGAAUUUAAUAGGAAGAGACAUUUGUGUUCCUGUGUGUGUGUUUUAUGUAAAUAUAUUGGGAUGUAAAAUAUACUGUGGAGAUAUGGAUCUUACACCUCUGUAUGUAUGAGAGAAAAGGAAAUUAUGAAUGGGUGGAAAGUCAGAAUAGUAUCAGGAUUCACUGAAUAUGCAAUGACUUAACUUUUGCCUACCUUAUAGGGUUUGGGAAGUUUUGCAGUAUUUCCCCCAAUGAUCAGAUACUUACAUAUACUCUGAAUCACUUGUCUUUACUGUCUUACUAGUGAAAUUUUCACAAUGGUCCUAGAUCUAUAUUUUUGAGAGAAAAAAAUUCUUACAGAAUGAAUUCUGUUAUAGAGGUGCUCUAAUUUUUUUAUUCAGACAUCUGUCUAUGCAUGAAACAAACUGUUCAAAACCUUAGUAUGUUAUAUGUGCCAACUGUGGUUGGAGGAGGGACAGUGGGAAUGUCCUGAAGAACACCCAAAACCUUUGUCAUGGGAACCGGACUUUAAGCAGGAGGUGUUGCUGAACUUGCCCUGGGUUUAAAAAGCUUUCCUGGAGGUUUAGCUGCUCCUGUGCCUUCAGGUGUCCUGGUGAGACUAGUAGAUCAGGCACAAGGUUUCUCUCCAAUGGUCUGUUUCCCCUGCUUUGUUUCCUUUGAGGCUGGCCCCAAUCUGCUAUUGUACUACUCAUACAUGCCCUCCACCAAUGUCACUAUAUUUGGGAUAAAAACUGAAAGUUGCUGCAAUGGCACAUCUCGAGUUUCUAAACCAGGUGGAGCUUUGGAGGCUACCAAGUCAAGUUGACUGUAUGGGAAACUUCAGGCCCAGGAGGCAAAUGCAGCAAUCUAGGCCUCUCUGUCUGAGACCCCCUCUAGGCCAUACAUCCCCAAAGCCACAUGCCUGACCAGGCAUGUUCCUUGAGUGUUUUGACUUGGCUGAAAUAUGUCAUUGAACUCUGAUGCGUC